CAACAAUCCCACAACCAAACUUUCCAAACUCCCAAGUUAUAGUUUUUGGCCAUUCCCAACAACCUUCUGCUUCAGCCAUGGCCCUUAACAUUAGCUUGAGAUGUUUGGCAAUGGUUGCCAUUGCAUUUUUCUUCAUAGUGCAAGGAACUCUUGGGGAGGUAGAAUGCGAGCGUCUGAGCGAGGACACGUGUGCGUUUGCGGUGUCGCGGGAGGGAAAACGGUGCGUGCUGGAGAAGCGUGUGAAGAGGAGCGGGGAAGAGGCUUACACGUGCCGGACUUCAGAGAUCGAAACGGAAACACAAAACGGACACAUCGAAACGGAGGAAUGCAUAAAGGGUUGUGGUUUGGACAGAAAAUCCUUCGGAAUCUCUUCGGAUUCUCUUCUUGAAGUUGGGUUCACCAAAACCCUAUGCUCCCCUCACUGUUACCAAAACUGCCCCAACAUCGUUGAUCUCUAUUUCAACCUUGCCGCCGGUGAAGGUGUGUUUCUUCCCCAAUUGUGUGCAUCACAUGGUGCAAAUGCUCGUCGACAAACGGCUGAGAUCAGAAGCUCCGGUACGGUGGCUCCAGGACCAGUGCAAUCUCUGCAAUUCAUUGCAACUUCUCCACAACCUUUUGAUGCUGUUGAACUCACACAUGAACCUGCAGUAGCUCCAUUUCCCCAGUUCUAAGUAGUGUUAUGCAAGAAAUAAUGAAAAAUAAUUAGUGUAUUUCAUACUUAAUGCGUGUUUAGUUUAUAAUAAGGAUGUUGCACUCACACCAAUAUAUAGCUACA